CACACUCUCACGACUUCUCACACAUCGAAAUCGAAUGGCUUCUUCUCCGCUGCUUCGGCUAUGCAUUUUCUCAAACAGUUGGUGCUCAUCGUUUCCCCACGCUUCCCUCUCAUCGUCAAUUCACCGCCAUUGACACCAUAUCAAUGAGGAGGAAUGCCUUCGCCGCUCUCCACCGUCACCGCCACCGCGCCGCCACUCCUAUCUACGCAAAUUCUGAAAUUAUCUUACGCAAAUGCGUGCCACUGGAUUAUUUGAAUCGUGUUGAGGUUGUCACGAGACUGAAUUGCUCAUCCCCGUUUUGCUUGUUGCGGAGAAAUUCAUAUUCAACUGGAUUUACCAGUGUGCAUGGGGAAACUCCCUCUUCUGAGUAUGCUAAGAGGAGGAGGGAAUCACUGGAAAAUAAAUUCGGGCUUGCUCUUGGAAAUUAUAGCUCCAAGAGUUUCAAAGCUGUAUACCGGUUCGGUCCCUUUUUGGCUUUGUACAGGGCAGCAAUUAUUUCAUUUCACGUGUUAAGGCUAACAAUAUGGCAGUUUUUCGUUCAAGAUGAAAAGAAACGAGCGAUUAAGUUUCGUGAAACUCUAAUACGCUUGGGUCCUUUCUACAUUAAGCUUGGGCAGGCAUUGAGCACUAGGCCUGACGUAUUACCAACCAUAUAUUGUCAAGAACUUGCUGAGUUACAGGAUCAAAUACCCCCAUUUCCAACUGAUGUUGCAAUGAGAUCUAUUGAAACCCAGUUGGGUGCUUCUAUUGAUGAAAUUUUUAGUGACAUUAGCCCAGAACCUAUUGCAGCAGCAUCCUUAGGACAAGUUUAUAAAGCUCACCUGCGAUCUGGAGAGCUCGUAGCUGUAAAAGUACAGAGGCCUGGCAUGUCACUUUCAUUGACCCUUGAUGCGUUGUUAUUUCACAUGAUCGGGGACCAACUAAAACGGUUUGCUAAAGCUCGCAAAGAUCUUUUGGUAGCAGUAAAUGAAAUGGUCAGGCACAUGUUUGAUGAAAUUGAUUAUGUCCUCGAGGGAAAAAAUGCAGAGCGCUUUACGUCUCUCUACUGUUCGCCUGCAAGUAGUGAUGAUAUUAAACACAGACGAGUGAAGUCCAUCAAGGCUCCAAAAAUAUAUUGGGACUAUACAUGUCCAACUGUUCUGACCAUGGAGUGGUUAGAUGGAAUUAAGCUUACAGAUGAAACAGGGUUGAGAAAAGCUUCUUUGAGCAGAAGGGAACUCAUUGACCAGGGAUUAAACUGCUCUUUAAGGCAACUGCUUGAGGUUGGUUAUUUCCAUGCUGAUCCUCAUCCCGGAAACCUCGUUGCAACAAAUGAUGGAUCACUAGCGUAUUUUGACUUUGGAAUGAUGGGGGAUAUUCCUAGACAUUAUCGUAUUGGACUUAUUCAAAUUAUCGUACACUUUGUUAAUCGCGACUCUCUGAGCUUGGGAAAUGACUUCCUUUCCUUGGGAUUUCUUCCUGAAGGGGUUGAUAUACAUCCGGUUGCUGAUGCGCUGCGAGCAUCAUUUGCCGACCGGAACAGUGAAUCUCAAGAUUUCCAGGGAAUUAUGAACCAACUAUAUGAUGUCAUGUAUGAAUUUAACUUCUCCCUCCCACCAGACUAUGCUCUUGUUAUAAGGUCAUUGGGAUCACUUGAAGGGACAGCGAAAGUUCUGGAUCCUGAUUUUAAAGUCAUCCAGAGUGCAUAUCCUUUUGUCAUUGGGAGACUUAUAGCAGAUCCAAGUCCUGAUAUGAGAAAAAUAUUGAGGGAACUUCUAAUUCGUAAUGAUGGAUCCAUAAGGUGGGGCCGACUAGAGCGCCUGAUAGCAGCAAUAUCUGAACAGGCUUCUGAGCAAACUGGAGACCCUAGUUCUGCAAAGGACUCGAGUCCUUCUGUUUGGAAAUUAUUUGACAUGCAUGCAGUUGUUGAUUCCACAGAAGAUCUUCUAUCAUUCAUAUUAUCUGAGAAGGGUCGCAGAGUGCGUCUUUUCCUUCUACGGGAUAUAGUAGAAGCAGCUGAUAUAUUUUUGCAAGAUGAAGUGAUUGAUCCCACGUUAAAUGAGAAACCACAAGGCCAUAGGAUACUGCUCUUUGAGGAACGUGCUAUGCUUUCUAGGAUUGGAAAAGGUUUUCAAUACCUUCGUGACGUGGUGAAGUUGGCGCCAGAGGAGUGGACAGGGAUGCUUAUUCGGAUGGCAGUGAAGCCGGAGGUUCACAAAUUUACUUUUGACAUUAUUUCAGCUUUAGCUUUGCAUUCUAGCCACAAAUUGCAGGUAGCUUCUUGGCUCUAUUUGUCAAGACUUCUUCACAAACUGUCAAAUUGAUGUAGAAAAACAACCUUUGACAAAGAAAUGAUAAAAUGUUUCCUCUACAUAAUCAAAGCAGGAAGGUUCCAUUUUUAUUGUCA